CGCACACCCACCCGCUGCGCAGGAGCAAAUCCCAUGCCCGCAGCCAAUCCCGCGGCCCACCUCCACUUGGCAGCAGAGCUCAACAGCUUCCCCUUCCCCCGUCCCCGCUCCUCCAGCCUUCCCUUCCUCGUGAGGCGAGCCGGGAUCCCUUCCGAAACGGCUCUGGUGAGAGGACGCGCACACUGUCAUCCGCCCCGCAGAUCCACGCACGACCACCACCUCCAUUCUUUACAGAUCCCGGGGCGGAUUCACCCGCCGCCGCCCACGACCACCACCCGCCGCCUCGUCCUCCUCCUCCUGCUCCUCCUCCUAGGGGCCAUGGGGAACAGCAUAUACAGGUUCCUCUGCGGCGUCUGCACCGACCUCUCCGACGCCGCCUUCCAGCCGCACGGCGCGCACGCCUCCGUCGCCGCGCUCGGCCGCGACAUCCUCCAGUUCCAGCGCACCAGCCAGGUUCCCGACGGCCUCGCCCGCCACGUCGUCUCCUCCGCCAACGCCCAGGCCAACUGGUACAAGAAGCUGCAAGUGGCAUGGAAGAAGGCGAGGCCGGCCCCGACGACGCCGGAGGAGGCCGGCCGCCUCGUGGUGCUGACGCUCAAGAACCACCAGAAGGCGGACGUCGACGGCCUCCUCGCCUUCUACGGCCUCCCGCACCCCAACGAGGCGGGAUCAGCGCCGCCACCGCCGGCCGCCGCCGGUCACCACUCUCCUCCGGCGCAGCACGGCGCUCCCGCGCACAAGCCCCAGGGCGUCAAGUUCGAGCUGCACACGCUCCCGGUGGACGCCAAGGCGGUGGCGGACGGCGACACGGUGACGGUGUACGUGGACACGUCGGACGCCCCCAGCGAGAUCAAGAAGGCCGCGGCGGACCGCACCAAGGCGCGCGCCGCCAGGAACUACCCCACGGCCGACGCGCUCCAGAAGACCAUCGCCGACGCCGGGUACAGGAUGGUCCCCAACGCCAAGGGCGUCGAGGUGCUCGCCAAGAAGUACAGGAUCAGGCUGAGUGGGAUCGACGCGCCGGAGAGCGCGAUGCCGUACGGGAAGGAGGCCAAGGAGGCGCUGCUGAAGCUGGUGGAGGGCAAGUGCCUGACGGUGCACGUCUACAACACCGACCGCUACGGCAGGUCCGUCGGGGAUCUCCACGUCGGCGGGGUCUUCGUGCAGGAGCAAAUGCUGAAGAAAGGAUUCGCGUGGCACUACACCGCCUACGACAAACGCCCGGAGCUUGCCAAGUGGCAGAGCCAGGCGCAGGCCGCCCGGAAAGGCCUGUGGGCGUCGUCCAAGCCGCAGGAGCCGUGGGAGUACAGGAAGGCCAAGCGCAACGGCAACGCGUGAUCAUGGACAUAGUAUAUAUGUCGAUAAACCUCCGUUGUUUGUAUGUGUUGUGACGACAGUGGACAGCUGAUUGAUUCAUUCGUAGCCUGCCGCACUGCAGAUCCGUAGCCCAGAGCAGCACUCGCGCCACCGUACUUUUUACGAGCUAGGUGUAGUGAAAAGACUAGCUAAAAGCUAGCGCGGGGUCGUGAAGCAGAGUAGGGGCACGCACUGAGAUUGGUUGGGUUACGUGUUUGUGUUGUGUUGUUGUUGUACCUGGUGAUUGAUUUGUGUAAUUGUGCUGUACAACUCUUACCUGGAUUGGGCUGUUGAUGAUGUUGUUUCUAGACAGGAAAA